AUGGUUGUUGUUCGGCCUCCAAGCAAGCUACAAGAAUCUAUCUAUUCUUAUGUGAAGUAUUUGGACGAAAUUAUUGGCUUUUUCGUUGUUGAAGACCAUAUCAUGCAGACGGAGUCCAGUUUAGUGACGGCUGCUUAUAAGGAUCAGCUUUGGGAGAUGGCACUGCAUCAAGUGACCACUACAAUGAAUUCGCAUUUUGGUGGAUGCCUGGACGUUGAAAUGAUGCUGAAGAUGAAGAAAGUAAUUUUGUUAUUUGCUUUGACGAUGAAAAGCUACGGGUUUGGAAUUGGUUCUCUCUAUACGCUUCUCCAAAAUUUCAGAGAUCAGUACAAUGAAAUACUAAUGCGUGAAUAUUGCGCUCAGUUUGAACGGGACCUCGAAAAUGAUAAUUAUACACCAAUAACGGCAAACGAUGAAAAAGAGUUUAAAGCUGUGGUGACGCAGUUCCCUUUCUACAAAAGAGGCAUGGAUCAGGUAAUACAUUAGAU